CUACAUACUGAACGAACAAUAUGCCUCGCCGAAGGAAGAAAAAUCUCACUACGAAUGAACCCGAUACCGACCAGAAAUCGCCGGAAGGCUCAUUAGUGGCAUCAACCUCUCCUGAAGUGUAUAAAGGAUUUACGAUUCCUAUGGAUAGCCGUUCAUUUCAGAAGUUUGUCAUCGAUAGUUUUGAUGAGCUGCGGAAGAUGCUAGAAAAGCUAUCCAUUUCAUCCAACAGCAGAUUGAUUUUUAUUACAGACAUGAAACAAAGGAGAAACGCAAGAGCGACAUCGUUGACGAGAAAACACCCGAAAGUCCCGCCGCCGGUAAUCUUAGCGUUCAAACAGUUGAGACAACCCCUGAAAAAUCAGAUGGAGAUCAAAGUGAUGCACGGGACACGAAUAAGGAUGACGCCAACAGUUCGCAAGAGUCACCCGCCGACCUCCAAAAGGCAACUGCACAGAUAUCUACGAAGAUUAAAAAAGAAGAUAUUGAUAAGAAAUUAAUUGUACUUGCGAAAAAAUAUCUGAAAAUCAUUAAUGCCGACGAGAAAGCCUUCUCAAAGCUAGAACCUUUAAAAAAUCAUAUAAUAUACCCAAAAAAAAUUGAUGAAUCGAAAUGUAACGAGUGGGAUGAAAAAAUGGUCAACGAGUUCAAGCAAGACAAUAAGGAUUGGGAAGGAGGCGAUAGUACUAACUUUUAUACCUAUUUGUUGCUCGACCCAAAGGUGAUCAAUGAAAUACCUUAUUGGAAUGACAACACUACCUCUCAUAACAAUAAGUGGAAUACUUUUGUUAGAAGCAUUUUUUACGUGGGAAAAGGCCAGGGUUCAAGGCCUUACGAUCACCUCCAAGAAGCCAAAGAUCUUCUGAAGACUUACGACGAGGUGAGAAAAACGAACAAGAAAAUGGGGAAAAAGAUCCAACGCAUUUGGCAAAUCUGGUCGGAAGGCAGCGGUGUCAUGAUCUUCAAGGCCUUCGAAUCCAUCAAAUCUGUAGAGGCAUGCACCAGGGAGGCAGUCAUUAUCGAAACACUAGGGAAGCAGUGUUUGUGCAACGAAAAGAACGGCACGAAUUAUGGUAAAAAAGUUCCAGAAUUGAAUAAAUAUGAGAAAUCAAGAUUUGGGAAAUAUCUGCUUUUACAAGCAAUGAGAAAAUUCCUUAAUAAAUACGAAGAAAUACAGGUCUUCCCAAGACACCUUCAAUAAAAAUCUCUAUA